AUGAAAACGGCUACCCUUGUGGCCGCAGCUUUCCUUGCUGCUGGUAGUGACGCCAACCAGUAUGGAAACAACACAAACGAAAACGGCUCGCUAGCCCACUCACCCCCGUUCUACCCUUCGCCAUGGAUGGACCCUCGCGCACCUGGCUGGGAGGACGCAUACGCUAAGGCCAAGGCCUUUGUUUCUCAGUUGACUUUGCCCGAAAAAGUCAACAUCACCACCGGUGUCGGUUGGAUGGGUGAGAAGUGUGUUGGCAAUGUCGGCUCCGUUCCUCGCUUGGGCUUAAAGAGUCUUUGUAUGCAAGACGGCCCUCUGGGUCUACGAUUCAGUGACUACAAUAGUGCCUUCCCUGUCGGCAUUACUUCCGGAGCCACCUGGUCUCGCCACCUUUGGCGUGACCGUGGAAACGCCAUGGGCGCCGAGGCCCGUGACAAGGGUGUCGACGUACUCCUUGGACCUGCUAGCGGUCCUCUCGGCCGCUUGGCCAAGGGUGGACGCAUCGGUGAAGCCUUUGGAUCGGACCCUUACCUCCAGGGCCAGGCCCUGGCCAAUAACGUCAUCGGCAUUCAAGGCGCCGGUGUUGUUGCUUGUGCCAAGCACUAUAUUGCAAAUGAGCAGGAACAUUUCCGCCAGGUCGGCGAGGCUAAAGAUUACGGAUACAACAUCAGCGAGACCCUCUCUUCCAACAUCAAUGACAAGGUUAUGCACGAAUACUAUUCAUGGCCUUUCCAAGAUGCCGUCAAGGCCGGAGUUGGCUCUAUCAUGUGUUCUUACCAGCAAAUUAACAACUCAUAUGGUUGUCAAAACUCCAAGAUGCUGAAUGGCGUUCUCAAGCACGAGUACGGCUUUCAGGGCUUUGUCAUGAGUGACUGGGCGGCUCAACACUCUGGUGUUUCAAAUGCCGUCGCCGGUAUGGACAUGGCUAUGCCAGGUGACACCAUGUUCAAUACUGGUCACAGUUACUGGGGUGGUAACCUGACCCUAGCUGUUCUCAACGGAACCGUUCCUGCUUACAGAAUCGAUGAUAUGGCCAUGCGCAUCAUGGCUUCUCUCUUUAAGGUCGGCUGGACCGUCGAGGGUGCCAAGGAUACCAACUUCUACUCAUGGAGCCGAAAAAGCUACGACUACCGCCACGCUGCUGCCAAGCAGAGAAUGGAGCAGGUCAACUUGCAGGUCGAUGUCCGAGCCGACCAUGCCAAUCAUAUUCGCGAGUCCGCUGCCAAGGGUACCGUCAUUCUGAAGAACAACGGCGCUCUCCCUCUUAAUAAUCCCAAACUUCUUGCUGUCAUCGGCGAAGAUGCUGGUCCUAAUCCCAAGGGCCCCAACGGCUGCCCGAAUCGCGGUUGUGAUGACGGCACAAACGCCAUGCUUUGGGGCUCGGGUACAUCCGAGUUUCCCUACCUCAUUACUCCCGACAGUGCUUUGCAGCAGCAGGCUAUCAAGGACGGCACUCGCUACGAGAGCGUUCUCACCAAUUACGAUUGGACCGCUACCCGCGAUCUCGUCAGCCAGCCCAAUGUCACUGCUAUCGUCUUUGCCAACUCGAAUGCUGGCGAGGGUUUCAUCUCUGUUGACGGUAACGAGGGGGAUCGCAACAAUCUCACUCUCUGGAAGAAUGGUGAUGACUUGAUCAGGAAUGUCUCUGCCAUCUGUGCCAACACUAUUGUCGUCAUUCAUAGCCCUGGACCCGUUCUGCUUUCCGAGAUUUCCAAGAAUGAAAAUGUUACCGCAAUCGUUUGGGCUGGUCAGCCCGGCCAGGAAUCCGGCAACUCUUUGACUGACAUUCUCUAUGGCAAGACUAGUCCCGGUCGUUCUCCCUUUACCUGGGGUGCUACCGAGAAAUCUUAUGGCAACGACGUUCUUUUCAAGCCCAACAACGGCAAUGACGCUCCUCAAGACGACUUCUCUGAGGGCGCCUUCUUUGACUACCGUCACUUCGAUAAGGAGUCUGAUGGUAAGCCUGGCAGCGACCCCAAGGCUCCUGUCUACGAGUUUGGUUUCGGCCUUUCCUGGUCUACUUUCGAGUAUACCAAUCUUAAGGUUGUCAAGAAGAAUAAUCGCCCAUACACACCAACCACUGGCAAUACUAUUGCUGCUCCUACCUUUGGCAAAUUCAGCACAGAGCUCAAGGACUAUGGUUUCCCUGCGGGUUUCCAACAAGUCUAUCAAUUUAUCUACCCGUGGCUGAACAAUACCUCCUCUGGACGUGAGGCUUCUGGCGAUUCUCACUAUGGCAAAGCCGCUGAUGAAUUCCUCCCUCCCAAUGCGAUCAACGCAGACCCCCAACCUAAGCACCCUGCUGGUGGUGAGCCGGGUGGUAACCGCCAGCUCUUCGAUGUGAUGUACGAGGUCACUGCGACCAUUACCAACACUGGAAAGACCACGACCGACGAGAUUCCUCAGCUGUAUCUCAGCCAUGGUGGCGAGGGUGAGCCUGUCCGCGUCCUCCGUGGCUUCGAUCGCCUGGAGCGUAUCGCCCCCGGUGCCAGUGCCACAUUCCGUGUCGAGCUCACUCGCCGUGACCUCAGCAACUGGGACGUCAAAGCCCAGAACUGGGUUGUGACUGAUGCUCCAAAGACUAUUUGGGUUGGUAGCAGUUCCCGCGACCUGCCUCUGUCUGCUAAGCUUUAG